GUUCACGCAGCGCCCGUUGCUGGAUACAAACCGCACCGCGCAGGCGCGACAUUAAAUGCUUGUGGCGGGGAAUCGAGACCACAACAAACCGUCGGACGGCUGGACUCCGCUGGUGCUGCCGUUCGACGCGACGCAGGAUUUAGAAAGCCGAGCCUGAAGAUGGUUGAAGGUCCGGGCUGCACCUUAAACGGGGAGAAAAUCCGCACUAAAGUCCGGAAAGGACAGAAACUGAAAGAGAUCAGAGGCAGUUUGACGACGUCCACCAAAAACAAGCCCGGGGGACAUGACUUCCGCGCGCUUUAUGGUUGUCUGUACACCGGUGCGGAAACUCUCGGGAAGGAGCUCUUCGUGUACUUUGGCCCGACAGCGUUGAGAGUCCACUUUGGUAUGAAUGGAUCAAUGCGUAUAAACCCUGCUGAGAGGAAGGAUAGGAUGGGCUCCAUACCAGUGCUGGAAAUACACCUGACUAACGACAUUGUGUGCUUCUUUGACAGCACUGUGGAAAUAAGGUUGACGGGGGACUGUGAACAAAGGGUGAGGGCUAAGGAGAGUCUGGAUGUGUGCUCCUCUAAGUUCAGCUUCUCCCACUCUGAGGAGGCGGUGAGGAGCCAAGGUAGCAGGAUGCUCUGUGACGUUCUCCUAGACCAGGCUGUCAUGCCGGGAGUCGGCAACAUCAUUAAAAACGAAGCCCUGUUUGACUCGGGACUUCACCCAGCCGUGAAGGUUCAGCAGCUGACCGACAAACAGAUCCACCACUUAGUGAAAAUGACGCGGGAUUUUACCCUUCUGUUUUAUAAGUGUCGCAAAUCUGGCUCUCCUCUCUACAAACACUACAAAGUCUACAAGCGUCCCCAGUGCGGCCAAUGCUUUCAUGUCAUCACAGUCUGUCGUCUUGGAGACAAUGGCAGGAUGACUUACUUCUGUGAGCGCUGUCAGAAGGGAGAUCCCAGCCGGGUUGACAUCGGUAAGCUCCCAGUCAGAAACAGUCUGAUUGACUGGGCAUACAGUGAGAGAAACAAUGACAAUGUGGCUAAGAAGGAGGAGGAGGAAUGGGCGUGUCAACUCUGCACCCUCAUCAACCAGCCAGCCGCAAAAGCCUGUGAUGCCUGCCUCUCUCCAAGACCUGAGGUCCACAAAGACCACAGCAGCACUGAGGCAUCACCCUUCACCGCUGAUUUGAUAAAGUACCCUUGCACUGCCUUCAAGAAACCACAAGAGGAGCUGAAAGUCAACUGGAGGUCUGCAUUUGGGACUUCCACUCUUGUUUUCUCUGACUUAAGCAAGAAGCCAAAGCUUGUAAACUCCCCACUCUCCCCAGCCGGCAGUCAUUUGAAUUCCUUGGCGUCAGAGCGAGGUUUAUAUAAAUACAGCGUCUGCCAAGGGACAACAAGCCCCAAUUAUGCCUCUGGUGGCUGGCAGAAGCAAAGUGCCGAGCUCUCCAAUGGGGAAUCGCUGGCCUCCUACAGUCACCCAUCCAAGAAAAUGAGAAUUGAUCACAGUCCCUUUCCCAGUAACAAUGCUCAAAAUGGAACCUCCAACUCAGGUACACACAAAAUAGGAACGACGAGCCGUGGCUCCUCCAGUUCUUCCAGUCCCAGUGCCCCUUGUUGUGCAUCCCAUAGUCGUCCAGCUGUCCUCAGAGUGGUCCACAAAAAUGGGGAGAAUAAGGGACGACAGUUCUAUGCCUGCUCACUUCCCAGAGAGACCAAGUGUAACUUCUUUGAGUGGGCAGACUCGCACUUCCCUCUUUGUCAGCAUGGGAAACGCUGUUUAAUGAGGACUGUUCUGAAAGUAGGACCCAACAAUGGCCGGAAUUUCUACACCUGCAGCUUUCCAAAGGGUAAACAGUGUGACUUUUUUCAAUGGGCAGAAAAUGGACCAGGGGUGUCCAUCCUCCCUGGCUGUUAAUGUGUUUUUUUUCAAUACAUUACUUCUAAAUGAAACGCGGAAAGGUCUAUGUUCAUAUAAAUAAAUGGACAUAGAAAUGACACAAUAACGUAUCAUUAUAUUUGUCAAAUACGCAGAUGUGUUUCCUGAAAUAUACAUUUAAUAGAGAAUAUCUAUCAAAUGUAUGAUCCUUAGAUCAAUCAUUUGUACAAAAAUGUCCUCUAAUCAAGUGUCUAUUUGCAUUUAAUUUGUACUAUGUCCUGUCCAUGUCCAUCUUUUAAAGAUGUAAAUUUCAAAGUUGUCACAAGAAAACUGUGAUAAAACUAAUAAAGAAUCCAAACAAGUCAAAGAA